UGUAGCUCAGCUGGUGUUGAACACUUCCAGUUAUGUCUUUCAGGGUGAUCCUCACAGCAGCUGUGCUGACUCUGCUGACACAAGAGUGUGUCUCACAGUUAGCGGUUUGUGGUGUGGCAAAUCUGAACACCAGGAUUGUUGGAGGACAAGAUGCUCCUGCAGGGUUCUGGCCUUGGCAGGUCAGUCUGCAGGGAUCUUCACACUUCUGUGGAGGAUCCCUCAUCAACAACCAGUGGGUGCUGACGGCUGCUCACUGCUUUCCAAGUGGCAGUGCAUCUGGUGUGAACGUAGUUCUGGGUCUUCAGAGUCUGCAGGGAUCAAACCCCAACAGUGUGUCUCAAACAAUAAGAACUUUAAUCAUUCAUCCGGACUACAACUCAGAGACAUCGGAUAACGACAUCGCCCUCCUGCAGCUCUCCUCAGCAGUAACCUUCAACAACUACAUUACUCCAGUCUGUCUGCCUUCCAUCGGCAGCACCUUCUACAGCGGCGUCAACACCUGGGUCACCGGCUGGGGAGCCAUUAGAAGUGGAGUCUCCCUUCCUGCCCCACAAACCCUCCAGGAAGUACAAGUACCGAUUGUGGGAAACAGACAGUGUAAGUGCAGCUAUGGAGCCAGCUCAAUCACUGACAACAUGGUGUGUGCCGGGUUACUGGCAGGAGGCAAAGACUCUUGUCAGGGAGACUCUGGAGGUCCGCUGGUGAUUAAGCAGAACAACCGAUGGAUCCAAGCAGGAGUUGUGAGUUUUGGAGAAGGUUGUGUUGAACCUGAUUACCCAGGAGUCUACACCAGAGUGUCCCAGUACCAGACCUGGAUCAACACCCAAAUCAGCAGCAGUCAGCCGGGCUUUAUCGCCUUCACCUCCAAUGGAACUGACAGGUAG